AUGAACCUCCUCACCCUAGCCCACGUCCUCCUCUUCCUCCCCCUAACCCUCGCCGCCACCCAUCACAACCACCCCCACCCCCGAACCUCCUGCCCCUACCCCUCCACCACCGACAUCACCACCAUCUGGAACAAGCUCAUCUCCGGCAACCCCGCCGGCUUCAUCUCGCACUUCCGGCCCUUCCUCAGCUGGACCGUGAUGGGCUCGCACCCGUUAGCCGGACACUACGAAAAACUCUCCCUCUUCAUCGUGAACAGUGAAGGUCGUCUCUAUAACGCCCUCGCCGGACAACCCACCUACACUCUCGUGAACGUGGUCGGGGGCUGUGAGAGUGAGUGGUCGGUGCAGGAGAUGCGAAUGCAAGCGGUUGCCAAGAACGGUCGCAUCCUCGACGAAAUCAACAUCUGGGCCACGCGGUGGGACACCGAAGGCAAGGUGGUACAAGUCCGAUCAUACGUGGACGGAUGGGCCACCGCUAUGAUCAUCCACGAGAAUGAGAAUUGGUCGGAUUCGACUUGGUUGACGAAUCGGACGACGUAUAUGCCGGGGCCGAAUGGGGUGGAUUUGGGGUUGGUGGCGAGGGAGUUUGGGUGA